AUGUUUGAGUUCUUCUGCAAGAACACCACGAUCCACGGCACCAUCCGCCUGGUGUGCUCCGGCGCUGCUGCUGCUGGAGCAGCAGCAGCUGAGGAAGGGCUGAUCGAGUUCUACAGCUCCUACAAGGAGAUGUUUGAGUUCUUCUGCAAGAACACCACGAUCCACGGCACCAUCCGCCUGGUGUGCUCCGGCAGGAACCGCAUGAAGACGGCGUUCUGGACGCUGCUGCUGCUGGCCAGCCUGGGCAUGCUCUACUGGCAGUUUGCCCUCAUGUUCAGCCAGUUCUGGGCCUACCCCGUGGUGCUCACCAUGUCCAUGGACUCCGAGCCCAAAAUGUUCCCGGCCGUCACCAUCUGCAACCUGGAUCCCUACAGGUUUGAGCUGGUCAGUGAGCAGCUGGAGCAGCUGGAGCUCAUGGCCGAGGAGUCGCUGACCUUCCUGUACGGCCCCAAGGCCUCGGCCAGGCUGUCCCACCUGAGGGACAGGGACAAGGACAGGGACAAGGACAGGGCCAAAUGUGUCCAGGCCUGGGCCAACCUCAGCAGCGCUGGCUUCAGGCUCAGCCACAACUUCUCCCUGGUCAGGAUGUGGGACCCCAGGGCAGGCAAAAAACAUUCCAGAGUGGGAUUCCGGCUGUGCAAUUCCACAGGCGGGAAUUGCUUCUACAACUCGCACCCGUCGGGCAUGGACGCCCUGCUGGAGUGGUACCGCUUCCACUACAUGAACGUCAUGGCCCAGCUGCCCCCGGCGCUGGCCCGGCACCAGCAGCGCUUCCAGGACCUGGUCUACUCCUGCCAGUAUGACGGGGAGCCCUGCAGGCCCAGUGAUUAUGUUCACUUCCACCACCCAGUUUUUGGGAGCUGCUACACUUUCAACAGCAAGGGGACAGAUCCCUUCUGGGCAGCCACAAAACCAGGAAUUCCUUAUGGGCUGUCCCUGAUCCUGCGGGCCGAGCAGAAGGAGCACAUCCCGCUGCUGUCCACCGUGGCCGGGGUGAAGGUGAUGAUCCACAGCCACAACCAGACGCCGUUCCUGGAGCACGAGGGCUUCCACAUCCGCCCGGGCAUCGCCACCACCAUCGGCAUCCGCCAGGACCAGGUGAAUCGCCUGGGUGGCAACUACGGCAGGUGCACCACGGACGGGGCCGACGUGGCCGUGGAGCUGCUCUACAACAACUCCUACACCCUGCAGGCCUGCCUGCACUCGUGUUUCCAGCGGGCCAUGCUGCGGCGCUGUGGCUGCGGCUAUUUCUAUUACCCGCUGCCCGCCGGGGCGCGCUACUGCGACUACAGCCGCCAGCCCGCCUGGGGGCACUGCUUUUACCAGCUCUACUCCCGGCUCAGGAAUCACCGCCUGGAUUGUUUCCAGCACUGCCCCAAACCCUGCAGGGAAUCCCUGUACAAGGUCUCAGCUGGCACAGCCAAGUGGCCCUCGGCAAAAUCCCAGGACUGGGUGCGCCAGGCUCUGCGGCACCAGAACGGCUACAACUCCAGCAGCAGCAGGAGGGACAUUGCCAAGGUCACCAUCUUCUACCGGCAGCUGAGCUCGCAGGCUGUGCACGAGGCCCCGCUGCUCUCAGAGAACCUGCUGCUGUCCAGCAUGGGCAGCCAGUGGAGCCUCUGGUUCGGCUCCUCGGUGCUCUCGGUGGUGGAGAUGCUGGAGCUGCUCCUGGACACCCUGGUGCUGUCCCUGCUCUUCUGCUUCCAGAGGCUCCGCGCCCGGGGGGGCUCCAGCCCCGCCCCAGACCUCAGCCUGGCCCUGGAAAAUUCCAGGGAAUUUCGGGAGGGAGCCCAAGGCUCGGGAUUGGGGCAGCCGCAGCUCCCGGCAAAUGGUGAAAAUUCUCAGCUCUCAGAUGUGAAAAUUCUCAUUCAUUCUCAAAUGUGA